AACAUUUUCAGCGAUACAAUCAUCCAACCUGGAGAUCAGAACAUCAACUAGUUUUUCGUGUAGUGACAUUAUAUCUCUUAUCUUAGCAAUAUUUCUGAGAUGAAAGAAAGCUGUCCUAGUAAUAAUAAUAAUAAUAAUCACUAGUAAUAAUCACUUCUGUGUAGAGAAGCUCAUGUUAUCUUUCCCUCUUCACUUUCAGUUUCAUUUCUCCUGAAAUUCAGCUCUGCGGAAGUCUCAGCAAAAAGAGCUUAAAACCCAGCCAAGAGCUCAGAGAAAAACCUGCUCCAGCCUCCUACCCAUCUGAACCGUCAGAGCUGAGCAUGGCCCAUGUGGAGGAGCUGAAUCAUACGGCCCAGCUGAAGCGUGUUGGAUUCGGUCGGCCUCCACCUCGACACGGACUCCACCUGCUGCACUGGUUCUCCACAGAGUGCCUCUAUUUUGAUAAGAAUAAUAAGAUGGUUCCACGCUGUAAUCCUAAGAAAAGGGAUUUCGGUUUUCACCUUUUUGAGAAUCGAUUUUACCAAAACAGCGUUCAGCUCCUGCCGGACAUAAACUCCCCGUACUACGUGGUGGGGAAUCUGAACAGUGAGGGAGCAGACGAGCUGCCUGAUUACGUCUGUCAAGCGUAUACCGGUCUCUAUGACAACAGCAAUAAGGACCGAAUCAUAGUCAGCCUUAAAAAUGGCUAUUUUGAUAAAGUUUACAUCACUGAACACCUGGACGAGUGGAACUACAACCCGAAUAAAACCUAUUGCAUUAAUAAUAAACUGAUUAAAUACAUCAGUCGUAAGAAAAGGAUGAAUUUCCUGAAUGAGAUGGGCAUCAGAUCCACAGUUAGCAUCGAAACCCCUCCUGCUCCACAGAGGCACGAAGCUCGCGUCACCAUUAAUAACGACACUCAACGCGAGUCAUCCAGGAGCCGAGGAUUCUGGGAUUACUGUAUAAUCCUGUAAACUCUUCCUGGAUAGUUAAAUGUUCAUUUUCAUUUAUUCAUUCGUAUUCAGAGCAGAGUUCGUCUCUCAGUGAGGAUUUAAUACUGAAAUCACACACAUCACUUUUCAGACCUUAAGCACUAUUCAGAAGUUAUGUGAGAGUUACACAUGGGGGCGGAGUUUGUCUAAAACAGAGGCGUGUCUCCGUUACGCUUGUUUCUGACCUUGAACUUAGAUGAAUCUUGUGUGAUAUCGGCUGGAGUGAUCUGAUUUACACACACUAUGGAGUGUCUUCUGUUUCAUACGUCAUAGUCUUUUUAAAUUUUGCUAAAAAGCUUUUUCUUCUUCACUCCACACUUUCUAUCCGUGAUUUUUCAGAUUUAAAGACGCUGUUGAAAAUCUCUGUCUCAGACACUCCUGCUCAUGAACAACCCGGCAGCCUCGGAGGUGUGAACUACACGCAGGUGAUGUUAAUAAUCUGAAUGCGAAGCUCAGAAAAUCCACUUAAGCAGCUGCGGAACUCGACUCUGAAUACCAGCAACUUUCCCCGUGACUCUGAACACGACUCACUGGCGAAAAACAGUUUGCUCCAGUCAAAUGCAAUGAAUUUAUUUUUGCAUGCUAUUCUUGUAUUUUCUCAUGUUGUACCUGAUAGGUCAUAUUACAGUGGAGUCCAGUAUUCCAGAAAGAAAAAAAAAUGAAGAAUUUAAUGCAAAAUCAACAAAAAAUGUUUAGGGUGAAGGUUUUUCGUGAGUUUGGUGGAGGGUAUAAAGGUAAAGAGUAGACCUGUAAGGUACUAAAGAAUUUUAUAUUUUAUAUUAUUCAGAAAAAGGAGACAAACAUUUGAAAUAAUAUAUCUAAAUAUAUUUACUAUGAAUAUUUUAACACACGCUGUUUAACACAUUCCAAUAUGGUGCUGGGAGAGUAGCAGCUCCUGGUGUUUCUUUGCCUUUUAACAAUUUCCCUCAAAGGAUUAAUAAAGUCUGUCUAUCUAUCUAUCUAUCUAUCUAUCUGACCAUUUUGUUACAUCAUCAUCAUUUGUUAAGCUGCUCACACUGACAUGUUAAUUGUCUUGUUGGUAAAAUGUUAUAUAUUUCUUUAUCCUCUGUGUUUUGUCCUGAGGGUGUACAAACCUUUGCACUCUUCACUGUGAGUAAAUGGAGAUAAUGCGUCACUGUUUGCAGUAAACACUCGUAUGUUUGCGUAUGUUUUCUGUAGCUACAGUGCUAAAGCGUCGAGCGAGCGAGCGCUGCAGCUGAAGGAGUCGAACACUUUAAUCUGUAACUCGGAUUUAAACCGUGAGUUUAAUCACGUAGGAGGUAAAUGAGGCAUGUUUACACUCAUCAGCUUUAAUUACACACUUUAUUUUAAAUAAAUUUAUAAUCGUUUUUAUACAUAUACAUUAUAUAACUAAACAGAAAGGACUAUUGCUCCAUAUAUAUUUCAUGACAGAUGUUUUUACAGAGUUUAUAGAUUUAGAUUUAUAGACUGUCCUGUUUACAAAGAAUUUAUAAAAAUUCAUAUUGCUGUUUUAUUACAUGAUAACAAUAUAAUUAUGUUUUUCUGAUCAUUUUUUUUUUUUAAAUCAUGUUUAAUGUGCAGAUUUUAUUGAAAUAAAGGCAUUAGUUUUAGAUGUAGUGUAUCAUGUAGUGUAGA